UGGCUUAGCCCUUCCAAGGGAAGGCCUCAGGCAGUCUCCUGUGCCGCGUGUCACUUUUUCGUGUGCCUCUUUUUCAGGGCGUGCCAGACAGCGUGAGGAUGGCUGCCAGCAAUGUCCUGGUGGCUCUGGCCCGGACACACUUCACCUUGGUGAUGGCCGAGCUCCAGAGCCACCUGAAGGCCAUGGGGGAGAUGUCCAAGGAGUUUGUGCUCGUCACCCUGAGCAAACUGUUCACCAGCUACGCUCCACAGUGCAUCUCCUUCGUGUGGCUGACACUGGCCGGCCUGCGCAGUGUGGUGGGCUGGGUGAGAGGCGGCCGGACCCUGCGCAUUGCUUGUGCUGUUGUGAAACAAUGGCUGGAAGGAGUCAAGGUUCACUUGUGCUCCGGAAAGCAAUGCCCCUGGCCUGCCAAGGAGAUCCAGCAGAUCUACCAGAAUCUUUCCCAGCUCUUCUGCUCUGUGCUGAGGAACUGGCAGGACUGCAAGGAGGAAAAGGACAAACAGGCCGUCCUCGGGGCCGUGGCUACCAUGAUGGCUGUCCUCCUGCAAGAGGAGCUGCCCCGAGAGCACGUCUGGGAGCAGCUCCUCUGGCUCGUGCGCCUGUAUCAGGAGGUCCAAGACACCUGCAGGGGGACCAAGAGCCUCAAUAUCUUCCUGGAGGCCUUAGAGGGAGUGCAAUCGGUCAUCCCGAAGGACAAGUUUCUGGCCAUCACCAGUGCCGUGUUCUACCACCUCUCUGAUGACACCAAGGAGCAAAGCGAGGCGGACAGAGCAGAGCUGACCCACUGCAUCCUGCUGCAGGCCCGGAUCUGCCCAGAGGAGACGGUCCAGUUUCUGCAGUCACAGCUGGGCGCUGACAGGGAGGCUGGACGCGUGGCAGCCCUGGGUCUGCUCGGUGCUCUGGCUCGCUCUGAUGAGCCCGUGAUGGCAAAGAAGCUUCCCCAGGUUGUGGAGGCUGUGCAGUGUCUGUGCAGCGACCCCAGGACCCAGGUGAGGAGGGCCAUUCUGCUCUUCAUCAAGGAUGUGCUCAGUGCUAACGCCCGGAGCUGCUCAGCCUGGGAUGUGGUGGGGCACAUCUUCAGUGAGUUCAGCCGCACCGCGGGAAGAAGGGCAGCCGGAGACCUUUCUGCCCAGGAAGCCCAGGAAGAAGGAGCUCUCCAAGAGCUGUGUAUGGACAUCCUGGGGUCACUGGAUGUCUCUGCGAGUGGGAUGACCAAACUCGUGUGGCCACGGCUGCUGCUGUACGUGGUGCCAGCCCAGUACACCGGCAUGCUGAUCCCGGUCUCCCGCUGCGUCCAAGCGCUGGCUGAGAGAGGGGACCUGAUGGUGCGGGAGAUAGAAGACCUGGAUCCCCAUUUCCUCAGCUCCAUGUUCCAAGGUAGGAGCAGAAACUCCCCCCGUGAGCUCUGUUGA